AUGUAUUCCAUUAACUAUUUUAUUUUUUCGGUUAUCUUGUUUGUGAUGUUCAACAAUUGUUUUGUGUAUUCGAUGACGAGAGAACAAAUAAAAAAUUCUGGGAAGUUAAUUAAAAAGACGUGUUCUGCAAAAAACGAUCUUACUGAAGACGAAGUAAAAGAUGUAGACAAAGGCAAAUUUAUUGAAAAGAAAGACUUUAUGUGUUACAUAGCUUGUGUCUACAAAAUGGGACAGACCGUAAGUUUCAAUGUUAAAGGUAGCACCAUAAACCAUGAUAUGAUGCUGAGACAAGUGGAUAUGAUGUUUCCCAAUGAUAUGAAGGCACCAGUUAAGGCCGCUAUAGAACAUUGCAGACCAGUUGCGAAAAACUACAAAGAUCUCUGCGAAGCAUCUUAUUGGACAGCGAAAUGCAUUUAUGAUUUCGACCCAGCUAAUUUCAUGUUCCCUUAA